GCUGUUUAGAUAGGGAGGGAGGGAGGGAGGAAGGAAAACAGUAAACUAAAAGCUCUCAGCAGUCUCUCUCUCGCCUAUCAAACAGAUAUGGCCACACUCUCAUCCCUCUCUAUUUCCACACCCAAUUCUCUCAGAGUUCCCUCUCAUUUUCUUCCCCUUCCCCUUCCCCUUCCAAGCCUUCAUUUCCAAUCCCAUGGAUUUCCCAAUUCUUUCAGGCACUUGACAUUGAAGAAAACCGCCAAGAGUAAGAUUUCUUUUUCACAUGUUACGAAAUUAAGGUCAGUUGAAGAGGAAACUCAAAUACCAGAAGAAGAACAACCGCAACCUCAAGAACAAGAGCAAGAACCAGUACAAGAAGGACCUGAACAGCAAACUGUGUCUGUCCCUGUCUCUCCUUCUGACACUCUUACCAUGUUCUUUCAGGCAGAGGGAACAAUGAAUGAAACUGCUAUUCCUACAGUGACUAAUGCCUUGGAGGAGAUUGAUGAUAUUACAAAUUUGAAAGUUCAAGUCCUAGAGGGUAUUGCAAGUGUUGAGUUAACAAAACAAACAACUGUACAAGCUACAGGAGUGGCUUCUAGUUUGGUUGAGCUCAUACAGGGUUCAGGUUUCAAGUUACAGACUUUGAAUUUGAGUUUUGUGGAUGAGGAGGAUGCCUUUGUAUAGAUCAUGCAAUUUUUAUAAGCAGGAAAAAGAUAAAUUUUUGUACCUUCUACAUUCUAUUUUCUCAAAAUUCCUUGUAUUCUAGAUGUGUAUGCUUGGAAGUAAACUGUAUACCAUUACUGAACAUUUCAUCUUCUAGGCUGUGCUUGAAUUAACUUUGAUUGAUGUCAUUCUGUUUAAAACUGUUUUCCAAUUUCCUGGAAAUUUCAAGUUUAGUAUGUUUCUGCUCGA